UUCUCCACAGUUUAUAAUUAAUUAAUUAAUUAGUCAUUUAAUUUAAACCUAAAAAAUUAAAUAUAAUAAACCGCCGCUGGACGAAUGCCUUUUCCCUCACGUCUUUUUCUUUCGGUUUUUCCCCAAAGAAAGAAGCCCUAAACCCUAAAUUAAAGAAAAAAAAAAUCAGAAUUGAUAUCCAAGAAAAGGAUAAGAAGAGGAACAUCUUGUUGUCUUGAUCCAAACUGCGACGGAUUUCCUUGAUAAAGAUCGAAGAAAAUGUCAGAUAAACCACCUCCUAAACGAGAGUCUGUCGUCAUCCGAUCCGUUUGGUCCAAUAAUUUGGAGUACGAAUUCGAAUUAAUCAGAUCCAUCAUCGACGGCUAUCCGAUCAUUUCCAUGGACACUGAGUUCCCUGGCGUUGUCGUCAGACCAACUUCCCCCAGCGGCGGCCAAUACAUCCGGCCUGGUGACCCCACGGUGCAUUAUAAAAGCCUCAAAGCCAACGUCGAUUUACUCAAGCUGAUUCAACUCGGCCUCACUUUAUCGGACGAUGACGGAAAUUUACCAGAUCUUGGCACCGAAAACCAGUUUAUCUGGGAAUUCAAUUUCAAAGACUUCGAUAUCGCGAAUGAUGUCCACGCUCACGAUUCCGUCGAGCUUCUCCGUCGUCAAGGCAUAGAUUUUGAAAAGAACCGGGAAUUUGGGAUCGAGUCGGUCCGGUUCGCGGAACUGAUGAUGUCAUCGGGACUUGUCUUGAACGACGCCGUUACGUGGGUAACUUUCCACUGCGCGUACGAUUUCGGAUACCUCGUGAAAUGCUUGACAGGCGAGUUAUUGCGGGACCAACUCUCUGAGUUCUUGAACCUCGUGCGCUUGUUCUUUGGAGACAGAGUCUAUGACGUCAAACACUUGAUGAGGUUCUGUGCUGGAUUAUACGGAGGGCUGGAUCGUGCGUCUAAAGCACUGGGGGUUAAGCGCGCUAUUGGUAAGAGUCAUCAGGCCGGUUCCGACAGCUUGCUGACAUUGGACGCGUGGUUGGAGGUCAAGAAAAGGUAUUUCGGGAAGGGGGAUGUUGAGAAGUAUGCUAAUGUUCUUUAUGGUUUAGAAGUUGACUCCUCAUGAAUUUUAAUCAGCUUAUGUUGAUGUCUUCAAUCUUCAUGUUUCAAAGAAUCUCAUUGCAUUUGUAGAUUCUUUGCGCAAUUGUUUUUAGAUAGUUAGAUUUUUGUACACAUUUUAUGGGUUAUUGAUCAAUCAUCAAUAUUAAUACUAGUUCAGUGUAAUUCUUUCAAUUUCGCAUUCACAUCUGGCAAAUUUGUAUUCUUGUUUUAUA